AUGGGCGGAACAUCAGCCGCACUCAACGUAGAAGAGUACGCAUCGCAUCCACAAAGUCACGGCCGCACAGGUUUCCCCAAACAAGGUGGACAGUCACUUUCGUAUUGGUUGCAGCAAGUUCGAUGCGAUCCACUCCUGGACCACCGCACUACCGAUGAGCUACCACAAGAAGCCGAUACGGUCAUCAUUGGGUCAGGCAUCACUGGGACGCUCGUUGCUAAGCACCAUCUCGAGACGUUUCCCACUAAGAAAGUCGUUAUUCUCGAAGCGAGAGAGUUCUGCUCCGGCGCAACGGGUCGCAACGCUGGCCACUGCAAACCUGAUCAGUGGCGGGGUUACGAGAAACAUGCCAAAGCAUAUGGACACGAGCAGGCAGUAAAGAUCUUGGACAACGAGCAAGCUACGUGGGAAACGUUGGUAGCGUACGUGAAGGAGAAUAACGUGGAUUGCGAUCUCUGGGUUGGAGAGACCCUGGAUGUUCCCCUUGACGACGAAGUUGCGAAAAUAGCCAAAGAAAUGUUCGAGAGGUUCGCAGCAGCAGGCGGAAAGGUGGACCGCAUUCAAGUUACCCACGAUCCUGUCGAAGCAGCGCAAGAGACUCGGAUCAAGAGUGCGAAAGCUUGCUAUGCAUGGCAGGCGUCAACCUUGCAACCUUGGAAGUUGACAGCGCACAUCAUGCGCGACAACAUCAGCAAGGGCGCCAAUCUUCAAACUCGCACUACUGCGAAGUCUAUCUCUGACGGAAACGGAUCUAGAAAAUGGAUCGUCCAUACGGAGCGAGGAGACAUCGCAUGUGACACCGUCGUGCAUGCUACAAAUGCAUACAGUGCAGCCCUCGAGCCGUCACUUCGCGGUAUUAUCACGCCCAAGCCACAUGUGUGCAACAGAGUGGUUCCACCACAGGCCUUCAGCGGCUCCAGAGCCAUCAGCAACUCCUACGGUAUUCUGCUACCGGAUGGUGCAUUUUUCAGUAUCAACCCGCGUUCGUCUUCCGAUGGCAACAUCAUGUUCGGUGGCUCCAACCCUGGACAAAAGGAACUGGAUGCAUGGGUUGAGAAGAACCCAGAGAACUGCAUCAAUGAUGGACUGGCGAACCUAGAGAGUGUGACAAAGCACGUCAGGAAGUUUGCGGACUCGGCAUUCGAUGGUUGGAAAGACGCCCAUGCAGGUCCUGGAGAAGGCUUUGAGUAUAGUUGGAGCGGCAUCAUCGGGUUGAGUGCGGAUGGUGUGCCGUUCGUCGGAGAACUGCCCGGAAAGUCUGGUCAAUAUAUCUGUGCUGGCCAUCAUGGGCAGUAA